AGUCUGAACAUCUCCUAGCUGCCCCUCUGCUCCUCGAACCCUCUCGCCAGCCGGAUCAUGCAGGGCCCCGUGGUCCCUCUCUCCGCCCUCCUUCUCAUUGCAGCUCUCUGCUCCCCGGCCUCCUCUGCUCCUGUUGGAACAGACAUCCCCUCCGUCUGCUGCUUCUCCUACACCAACCGCCCGCUUCCCUUAAGACUCCUGAGUUGGUAUGAAGAGACCAGCAGCCGCUGCUCCAAGCCAGCCAUCAUAUUCACCACCAAGAAGGGCCGCGAGGUCUGUGCCGACCCCAGCGAGGAAUGGGUCCAGGAUAGGAUACAGGACCUGAAGCACAGCUGAAUGAGGGGGGACAGGUUGAAGGUCAAAGGCCACCAGAAGAAAGACUUGAAGCAAGACCCUCCCAUCUGCUGACCCCGGGCCUGACCUCCCCAUGAACUCCUCUGUCUCUGCUCUGCUGGGCUGUUUUUCAAACCUCAAUUUUAAUUUAUUCGCUUUAAUUUAUGUAAAUUAUUUCUGAGUUUCAUUUUAUCUGAGCUUGUGAGGAAGGGGCCUCGGGCAUCCAAGACCCCUGGGAAAGAUUUGAAGCCAACCAACUUUUCCUGUUGGGGUCACUUGGGACACACUG